GAGCUGUAAACAAAUCAAGAAACAAAUCAAUAUGUUCAAACUCGCCGUUGUUAUCUUCGCUUUCAUCGCUUGCGCUGCUGCCAAGCCUGGAGUUCUCCUAAGCCAGCCAUUGGCUUAUGCUGCACCUGCUGCCGUUGUUGCUGCUCCUGCUCCAUAUGUGACUGCCACCAGCAGCCAAGUGAUUGCCCGCAACUACAAUGGAAUCGCAGCUGCUCCAGUGAUUGCUCCAGUUGCCACUCCGUUGGCUGCUCCAGUUGCUGCUCCAGUCAUUGCCAAGUACGCUGCUGCUCCUCUGGCUUACAGCUCUCCAUUGGCUGCUCCUCUAGCUUACAGCGCUCCUUUGACUGCUCCCCUUGCCUACAGCUCUUCAUUGGCCUACACUGCUGCAGCUGCUCCAGUUCUUCUGUAAGAACUUUGCUCCAUCGAUUUAAAAUAAACAUUUCUAAACAAAGUUAAUAUUUCUUUAAUUGCUUUUCGGGCUUUUUGUUGAUAACUUCUUCAGAGCUAAUGAAGUAUAUGUUAUAUGGGUUUCAUUUUCUCUAUGCAAAAGUGUAGUGAAGGUAUCGAUUA